CCGCGGUUCCCUUUCCCCUUCUACCUUCACGUUUGAACAGGAGUUUCCGUUACCGGUCUCGGGUUUUUGGGGAACAGGAAUUUUUUUUUCUUAAACAGUUAUAUUUAUUUAUUCUCCCAUAUUUCAGUCUUUAUUCUAUUUAAAAAAAUUCCUAUCAGAAGACAUUUACUCUUUACGGAUCUUUCUACGAAUUCCUCAUUUGUAAACAGAAGAUCACAAAAAUGUCUGAAAAGGAAAAUAACCAGCCCUGUAGAUUAAGUAGACCUGCACAUCACAGGUGUACAAGUAGCUCUAAUGUCCCGAUUCAGCCAAAACGUCCACUCGUAAAAACGUCAAUCCCUGACAGUCGGUCGAGAUCCUCUACAAGAAAUGAGGCCAUUAAGGAUGUUAAGCAGAGGUCCAACAGUGUAACAAGGGUACCCUUAACUCAGAAUCUCAAGCCGAACGUUUCUUCAACUCAAGAGAAAGUCAGAGCCAGAUUGGAGAACCUUAAGGUGCAAAAUUUGAAGCCUAUGGAACAAUUUAAAUUUAGUUAUCUUAAGAAAUCUUCUGUACCGGCAAAUCCUACCAAACCAACUUCAGUCAAGAGGGAGCCGAUAAAAUCUGUUGUAAAUUCGGGUCUGGUCAAAUCUAGUUGCAGCCGGCCAGUCACAUCUGCAGCGCAGUCUACUACGGGUUUAAAUCGAAAAUGCAUUAGUACAACGAAUGGGAAGCCUCAAGAGAAAGUAAAAACUGUUCCGGCUGUAAAUGUGAAGAAACAAUUCUCUUUCUCUGACCCCAAAGUUGAUUCAAAGCAACCGGCAAAACGGAAGAUGGUACCUCUGCAAAACCCAAUGUCUGAUGUGCAAUCUGCUCAAGUUCAAUUGGCUGACCAAAGCAACCAUGUCGAGGCGCAAACAGAAAACGUAGAAACGGAAAAUCCCCAAGAGUUGGAAGAUUCAUGUAUAGUUGAAUCACUUCCUGAAGAUCUUCCAGAAAAACAGGUCAAACCAUCGGAAAACUCUGAAGAAUAUCUGGUUCAAACACCAAAACCUGAUGGAAAGCCAAAAGAAGAAGAUGAUGGAAACAAAAAGUGGGAUUUGAACCACUUUGAAAUUGGGCGAGCGUUAGGAAAAGGUAAAUUUGGUUGCGUUUACCUGGCAAGGGAGAAACAGUCACAAUACAUAAUAGCACUCAAAGUCAUUUUUAAGUCUCAAGUCAAACAGGCUAAACUAGAACACCAACUGAGGAGAGAAAUUGAGAUCCAAGCUCACCUGAGGCAUCCUAACAUCCUUAAACUUUAUGGCUACUUCCACGAUGCCAAACGGGUGUACCUUAUUUUAGAAUAUGCAAAGAUGGGUGAACUGUACAAAAUAUUAAUGGAGCAGCCUGAAAAAAGAUUUAAUGAAAAGCGGGCUGCAUUUAUAAUAAAACAAUUGGCCGACGCUUUAAUUUAUUGCCACAGCAAGAGUGUAAUACACCGUGACAUCAAACCUGAAAAUAUCUUGCUUGGGGCAGAAGGCCAACUUAAAAUUGCAGAUUUCGGUUGGAGUGUUCAUGCUCCAAACUCAAGGAGAGAAACUAUCUGUGGAACUCUAGACUAUCUUCCUCCGGAGAUGGUUAAAAAUCUGCAACAUGACUACACAGUUGAUCUGUGGAGCAGUGGCGUGCUGUGUUAUGAAAUCCUCUGUGGCAAACCACCAUUUGAAGCAAAAAGUUACAAAGAAACUUAUUACAAUAUAACUCAUGCGGUUUAUUCUUUUCCACCACAUGUUUCCAAUUUAGCCUGUGAUCUUAUUCGUAAAUUGCUUGUGAUUACGCCUCACCAGCGAUUGCAGCUCAAAGACCUUCUUCAACAUGAAUGGAUUUGCCAGAACGUCACAUCAGCGUAAAAAGAAUAGCCCAAAUCGAAAUGAUUAUAUUGCAAUUAUUUUACAACAUUUAUCAUAUGUAUAAUAUAUAUUUUAAGAUUGAUCAUAAUACUACAUUUGUGUUAAAUAAGUUAAAUUGAAUUAUAUAAAUGUAUUCUUCGAAUUUAGAAGGCAUUAGAAGAAUUGAAGACUUGGACUGCCAUUUUUAAGACUUUUUAUGACAAUUCAAUUUAAAAAAGAAAGAAAUUGUUUUUUAUACAAUAACAUGUUAUAUUUGUUAGUUAAUUGUUAGUUCGUAAUAUAAUUAUGAGUAAAAUUCGGUAAAGUUUUUA